UACACUCGCUGAGCCCACACUUAAUAGGUUCAAAGAAGUCUGAGUAAAAAUCUGAUGUUAGUCUGCAGAAGAAGUUGAAGACAAACGGACACAGCAGUAAAACCUUAGCUUGAAAAUCAUGAAUCGCCAGGAGCUUAGUCAUUGGGAUUAUGAGGAUGAUGACCAGUACGAUUAUCAGGAUCAGUACCAUUACGACCAGGACCAAUACGAUUGUCCGGAUCACCACUACCAUUCUAACUCAUAUCGCAAUAACGGAGGCCGUUACCAGUCUUCAUACAACAGUUCCAAUGGAACAGGGCGUAAAUCUAAUGCUGGACGCAGAAAUGACCAACAAUCUGUUUCUCUGCUUGGUCAACAGAGCCAGGCUUUAAAUGAUGAACCGACUGUGGGUCACAUUGGGUUUUUAGAAGUGGUACCUUCCUCGAGUUCAGCGAUUCCAUCAAAAUCAACCAUUUCGAAAAUGGCCCCAUCUGGUGGUAAUAUCGUUGUAAAUGUCAUAAAUAUAAACCAUAAAUAUUAAUCUGACUUAAUUACUUACUAAAAUAAACAUUUUUCAAAGUU